AUGUCAGAACCACCACCGGUGCCGGUACCGGAACCACCACUGAAUCUGUCCCUUGCUACUCCUUUUCCGAUUAAUGGAGAACACAAGAAUACUGAGAAACCAAAUAAUAAUGAUAGUAUGAACAUUCAAAUAUCAAACGUUGAAGGCACCAAACGUGCUAUCUCUUACAAGGGCAUGGUCACGGGAGAUCUAGAUGAGACCAUGCAGGACGAUGAAGACAUUGAAGAACGGGGAGAGGAUGGUCAUUCUCAGUUUGAUCUUGAAGGAAUGAAGGUGGAAGAAUGUAUGGAGGGAGAGUACGAAUGUCCCAGAUUUGUCCUUUCUGCAUGGGAGGAAAAAAGAAUUCAUCGACCAUGGCGGCGAGGUGUGAUAGUUAAACUAUUGGGGAGAAGAAUUGGAUACAAGGCUCUAGAGACAAGGCUAAAGCAGAUGUGUGUGCGUAAAGGUAUCAUCAAUAUCAUUGACUUGAGCAAUGAUUAUUAUCUGGUUGCUUUUACAUAUGAAGAAGACAAGAAUGCUGCUCUUGUAGAUGGCCCUUGGUUCAUCUAUGAUCAUUAUUUAACUGUAAAGGAUUGGAGUCCAGACUUUCACCCGGAACGUGACUCUAUUGAGAAUGUCGCAGUCUGGAUUAGAAUAUCAGGACUCCAAAUCGAGUACUACGAUCCUAAGGUGUUAAGCUUCAUUGGAGAUCGUGUGGGGAAAUCAGUGAAAGUUGAUAAGAACACCUUGAAACAAGAGCGGGGGAAAUACGCGCGUAUUUGUGUGGAAGUCAACCUUACAAAACCACUACUUGCAAUGUUUACUAUCAAAGGAAGGAGGUACAAAAUAGAGUACGAAGGGCUGCAUUUACUAUGCUUGAAAUGUGGGAAAUUCGGGCAUUACAAAGAAGGUUGUCCAACGCAAACUACAGUCAUUGCACCCCAAGCGUAUGAUUCUGGUAGAUUCGAGACUAUCCCUACUUCAAAAGAGCAAAGUAUUGUGGUGCAGGGGAAGGUCACAACACCAAAAAAGACUGCUGAUUACGACGAAGGGCCAUGGCAGGUGGUGCAGAAGCCAAAGAGAGGGAGAAAGCCACCGGAAAACAAAAAAGGAAAUCAAGAUCCUCAAUUCAAUGCUGGCAACGAAAAAAAGGGAUCCAGAUUUUCUUUAUUAAUGACAGGGAUAGGAGAGUCAAGUGGAGUUGAUAAAUUCCCGGAGAAAAGCAUGGAGGUGGAAAAGGAAACAAUGGGAAGUGUUAUGAGUACGUUGGAAGUUUUAAACAGUAAAGGAAAAGCAAUAUUAGAACCAAUUAAUGUGGUUAAUACAGAUGGCGAUAUGCAUGGGAAUAAAAAGGCAAGCGUUCAGGCUAUUGGUCCAUGGGAAUGGAAUAAUGCAGACAAGACAAAUGAAGCACUUAUUUCCUCUUUAAAUGAGUUGGCAGUCAAGGAUAAGGGACCCACUCUAAACGAAGGGGCGAUAAAGAAGGUUGGCGAAGUAAUGCAAGACGUGCUCGUCCCAACAACUGGAAGCUCAGGAGUAAAAAGCAAUAAUGGCAAAAAAGGUAGAGAGAAAAAUCGGGCACGUGCUGAAGAACAAUUGAUCAAUCGAAGGUCUAAAUAG